UUCAUCCCAACUUGGCUCAACGUUGGUUACCUUUACUUCGAAAAGGCUUAACUAAAGAAGCGAAGGAGAACCUGUCAAAACAGUACCUAGUUCCGGAAAAUUGUCCAUUGCUACAGGCACCGAAACUGAACGUCGAAAUUGCAGCGGCGAUUAACGAAGCCGUUCGAAACCGAGACAAAAAGUUGGAAACCACGCAACAGCAGCUCGGUAUCGGGAUGAGCGCCAUAAAUCGAGCUGUAACACUCUUGCUUACAGGCGAUGACAAAGUUGCAGCGAUAAAACAUUUAAGCGAUGGUUGUCGCGUCUUAUGCGACUUACAUUAUAUGGAAACGCAAACUCGGAUAAAACUCAUAACACCUGGACUAGCCAAGCCUUUCCUCAACGUCAUCCAAGACAGUGAGCGGGACGAGACCUUGUUCGGUAACAAACUUCCCGAAAAAAUUAAGGCGUCCAAGGCAAUAGAAAAACAAGGGCUGCAGAUUAAAAAACCUGCAACCAAUAAUAAUACCAAGAGUGCAACUCCAAAUACACCGACAACUUCCCGCGCUCCCGUCUACCAUUACCAAUACCAGGGAAACUGGACAGGCCCUCCGCGCUACCAGUCGAACAGGGGGGGGCGAGGGGGGCAGAAGAGAGGAGCAGUAGGGCCGACCCGCAGAGCACCGCAGCCACAGUCUCGCGCAGCUGGACAACCGAAAACACGUGCUGCUCCCCAGCAAUAAACGAGGAGCCAGCACCCGCUUCACAAGCAGCUUAUCCUGGGUGCCGCGGUGCUCUCCGGCUCUCAUUCACGCGACGCUCCGUGCCGCCGGUAGCCUGGGAACUGAUGCUUGCAUCACUUUCUGACAAUACCAUUAUGCAAUAUAAUGUCACACUCAAACUUUGGUGGACAUAUUGCCAUGAAAAUAAGCAUAAUGUAUUUGAAGGGUCCGUAGCAAUAGUUUUGUCUUUUCUUACGGAACAGUACAAUAAAGGAGCAUCUUAUGGCUCCUUAAAUAGUCACCGAUCAGCCCUUUCACUAUUUCUUGGAGACAAUAUCGGUUCCAAUGAAUCAGUGAAGCGGUUAUUGAAAGGUGCAUACAGAAAGCGACCUAAUUUGCCAAAAUAUAGCUUCACGUGGGAUCCACAAGUUGUGCUCAAUUGUAUUGCAGAAUGGUAUCCAAAUGAGGAACUUACAUUAGAAAGGAUAACUAAAAAAUUAGUAAUAUUGUUAGCGUUGUGUACUGCGCACAGAGUACAAACUUUUUCAUUAAUAAAAGUUGACAACAUUGUAAUUUCCUCAAGUGGUGUCAGAAUAUUUAUAACUGACAUCAUAAAAACGUCAGCGGCAAAUAGAGAACAGCCACGGUUGUUUCUUCCCUUCUUCACGGACAGACCAAAUAUAUGCCCUGCUACCACUUUACGGGACUACCUCUCCAUAACGAGCGAUAAACGCCCAGAAAGUGUUCCGAACCUCUUAUUAACUGUGAAGCGCCCUUAUAAGAGCGCGUCAGCACAGUCAAUAAGCAGGUGGAUAAAACAGGUACUUGCAGAAAGUGGGGUAGAUGUGAACACCUUCAGCGCUCACAGCACACGUCACGCGUCCACGUCUGCUGCGGCAGCCAGUGGUCUCAGCGUCGAUAUUAUUAGGAAAACCGCAGGCUGGACAAAAGAUUCCGAAAUAUUCGCAAAAUUUUAUCACCGUCGAGUUAUCGAUGAAAGUGAUUUUGCCAGAUCAGUGUGUAAUCAGUAAUGAAUUAUUAUUGUUAGGGCAAGAAGCCCAAGUUUUUUGUUAUGUACUUACCUUUAUGAAAUA